AUAUAUAUAGAUAGAAUAGAAUAGGUUCUCAAAAAACAAAGAAUAGAAUUGUUUAUGUAAAUAUAUUAUUCUAUUUUUUCUGGUGCAAAUCUGUGGUUGGUUGGGCCAGAGAGCAAGAAUAGGCAAAGAUUACGUGGCGGCUAAGAUCCUUUGCUGACUUUUUUGUUGCAAAAGUAGAUAGAAACAGAAAAGAGAGACACAAACAUGGCUACUUUGAAUGUUUUCUCUCAACCAUUGCACCCUACAACUAUUUCAUCUUCUUUAUGUUCUUCUUCUUCUUCUAAUUCUACUUUUUCAUGUCACUUUUCUCUUCUUUCUUCUCACUCAUCCCCCACACUGUCUAAGCUCUCUAAUCAUGUUCACACCCACUUCUCUAAGUCAGGCAAUGGAAGUUCAUGGCUGCAAAGUAGUUCCACCGCUGACAGCAUUGCGCACAAGAAGGGUCCUGUAUAUUCAGUAUUUCCUUCAUCACCUGCCCAAGUUUCAUCUGUCCAAGAUCUGUAUGAAUUUAUUUGCUCAGGACCUUUGCUUUACAAAAUUGGUUUGACGCCAGAGAAGGUGGCCGAGUCUAUAGAUAAGUGGUUGUCUUAUGGGCGGCAACUAUGUCGACUGUUUCAGCUUAAUGAAUUGUUCUUGACAGAGCCUCAAAAAGUUAGGCUUUAUCAUUACUAUAUACCAGUCUUCCUCUGGUGUGAAAGUGAGAUUGCUCAGCAUCAGGCCAAAUUCAAAGAUAAAGAAGAUAUUCCUCCUUUAGUGAUUGGAUUUAGUGCCCCUCAAGGCUGUGGAAAGACGACCCUCGUCUUUGCUCUUGAUUACCUUUUCCAAAUGAUUGGCAGGAAGUCUGCAACAAUAUCUAUAGAUGAUUUUUAUUUGACAGCUGAAGGCCAGAAUAAACUAAGAGAGGCUAAUCCAGGAAAUGCACUUCUUGAGUAUCGUGGAAAUGCUGGAAGCCAUGAUCUUCCUUUUUCUGUUGAAACUUUGACAGCUUUAACCAAAAUGUCUAGAGAAGGUACCAAGAUGAAGUUACCAAGAUAUGAUAAAUCUGCUUUUGGUGGAAGAGGUGAUCGUGCUGAUCCUUCGACAUGGCCUGAAAUUGAAGGCCCCCUUACUGUUGUGUUGUUUGAAGGCUGGAUGCUUGGUUUCAAGCCCCUUCCAGUUGAAGCUGUAAAAGCUGUUGAUCCGCAGCUAGAAAUUGUAAAUAAAAACCUCAAAGCGUAUUAUGAUGCGUGGGACAAAUAUAUACAGUCAUGGAUAGUCAUUAAGAUUAAGGACCCAAGCUGUGUCUAUCAGUGGCGCUUGCAGGCUGAAAUUGCUAUGAGGGAGGCAGGCAAUCCUGGAAUGUCCGAUGAUGAGGUGAGAGAUUUUGUUUCUCGCUACCUGCCAGCAUACAAUGCAUACCUUCCUACUCUUUACUCGGAGGGUCCGAGUGGAUCAGACCCUCAACAUCUACUAAACAUCGAAAUAGAUGAAAAGAGGAACCCUAUCCUAGGUGUCUAGUCUCACAAGAUGAUAUGACAUUUCUGGCUUUUCAAUUCUUUUGAGAGAAUUGGAAUGGCCCUUUCCAAUCAGUUGCACCAUCGGUGGAGAUAAGUAAAUGUAUCAGCGCUAUUUUCGUUGAAAUGUAUAGAGGUUAUUUUUAUCAGCACAUAACAAUGCCAAAUGCUUUAUGGUUUUUCAUAUGAAAUAACUGGAUGUAGGAACCACAGAAAAUGUUCAUUGCGCGAUUUAUUGAAAUUGAAACAUUGUUUUCUAGUUA